UCACUUUCUUUGCCUUUCUUCCAUCGUCUCAAAACUAUCUCCUUCUCUACCACUUCCCUCACCUUUACCAACACUCACACACCAAAGACUACACUCACCAGCUCUUCUCCAAUGGCUGCCAUUACCGCAUUCUCCGCUCUCUCAAGCCCCAUCUCUCCUCCUACUUCGUCUCCUUUACUCAGCUCCCCUCCGUCUCUCUCCAGAUUCCCCAACGUGUCUCCGUUUCCCUCACUCUCCACCUCUCGCCGGAGAAAGAUUCCAGCCUGUUCUUCGAUUAACAACGGAGAUGACGUGGUUGAAGAAACAAGAAGUGAUGAUGAGGAGGAGAGUAGAGAGACUCUGCUGCUAUCAGUCUCUCCUCUGCCUCUCCUCCUCGUAGCUACUCUCCCUGGAGCUGGAACUGUAAGGUCUGUUAUUGGGCCCUUUGUGGAGAUUGUGAAGUCCUUGAAUCUACCUGAUUGGCUUGUUCAUUGGGGUCAUCCUGGUAACAUGGCAGUGGUUCUUUUUGCUAUGGGUGGAUAUGGAACAUACCUAGGCUUCCGGAUUCGUUAUUCAGAUGACAUUGAGGAGAAGGCAAAGGCAAAAGACCUGCACCCGAAGCUCCUAGCUGGAAUGUUUUUCUUCUUCUCCCUUGGAGCAACAGGUGGUAUCACAUCCCUACUUACCUCAGAGAAACCCAUCUUCGAAAGCCCACACGCUGUUACAGGAUUCAUAGGUCUUGCACUCUUGACCAUUCAAACAGUCUUACCAACUUUGUUCAAGGACAAGCCUGAGCUGAGAGGCGUGCACGGGAUCUUGGGUAGUGGGAUAAUGGCGCUUUUCUUAGUCCAUGCUGCUUUUGGACUUCAGCUCGGUCUCAGUUACUAGAUCUCUUCCUCUCAUAUGUUUUGUAUUCUUGAGCUGCAACCACAACCAUGUAGAGUCAAUAAAUUUGUAAAAUAAUGUGAACAUUAUUAUUUGUCUUGUUUAUAAUUUUUAUGCUAUAUAAACUUAUGCUUAUUUUUGUU